GUACUGACUUUUUUUCUUUCAUAGAGGUUAUUUGUCAAAAAAAAACAAAAAGAAAUACUUUUUUUUUUCUAUUUUAAAUAGAAAAACGAAAAUAUAGCAUUCUCUAAAAAGAUCUCUCACACAGAAGUUUCCUCUUCGGCGAUCUGUUCGGCUGAUAAACAAUUUUUUUUCUUCCCGUCUAAAUUUUCUCAAUUCUAAAUCUUUCUGUGGAAUAGAAUUUACAUUCCAAGAAAUUCUAAAGAUCGUUAAUAAUUUUAACUGGGAAUAAGAACCCAAGAGUCUCUCCCAAAGGAACAGAAACAAAAAAAAAAAACUUUUUAUAAGGAAAAUAAGACGAUGGAUAGUUUGUGUUUGAAUACAGGCUUACACGGCGUUAUUCCAGCUAUAACAGCGGUUGGAAGCGGCGUAAGCGGUUGCGGUGGAGUUGUUGAAGUCAGAGCAACCGCAACGGCACCAUCGCAAAAAAGGGGACCUUUUGGGUUCUCAUUCAAGCACCCAUUGACGCCGUUUUGGUCUCGCGGUGGAGGAAUUGCGUCGAGGAGGCGAAGCAGGUUGGCUCUAGAAGACGCCGUUUUGGUGGAUUCUGGCGAUUCGAGAAAGCCAAUCGCCGAGGAGACGUCGGCUGUGGAAAUGGAGACGGAGAGGAGAAAUGGGAGCUGGGUUCUGAAGAUAUUAAAUGUGCAAUCUAUGUGGAGAGAUAGAGAGGAGGAAGAAGAUGAUGAAGAUGAAGAUGAAGAUGAUGAAGAAGAAGAGGAGGAAAUAGACGACGCCGUAUUGUCUGAAGAUGAUGGUGGAUGCGAUGUAUGUUCGAUUUUGGAGGAUGAUGUAGACAAAGAUAACAAAUUUCAGCUCGAUAGAGAAUCCUUCUCAAAAUUGCUGAAGAGGGUUUCGUUACCCGAAUCAAAACUCUAUGCCCAAAUGUCCUAUUUGGGAAACUUGGCUUAUUCAAUCUCAAAAAUCAAGCCUGCGAAUCUCUCCAAGUAUUACGGACUUAGGUUCGUAACUUCAUCAGCUGAGAAAACAGAAAUAGCUUUAAAAGCGGGAGAUUGCGAAGUUUCAGGUGAGACCAAGCCAAAGGAGGAGGAAGAAGUAGUUGAAGGCAAAGACGAGAAGAACAAAGGUCGCAAGAUUAGUGCUUCUGCCGCGUAUGAGAUUGUUGCAUCAGCUGCUUCUUACCUUCACUCUCGUACCAACAACAUACUUCCUUUCAACUCUUCAUCGAAAACCGAGAAUUCAGACAAGAACGAUGACAAUUCGGCAAAUGUGGAGUCAUCAUCAGAUGCUGCUUCAUCUCUAACCAACUCCGUCACUUCUGUUGUUGCUGCUGAGGAAGAUGUGAAGCAAGCGGUUGCAGACGAUUUGAAAUCGACCAUUUCGUCUCCUUGCGAUUGGUUUAUAUGUGAUGAUGAUCAAACUCACACCAGAUUCGUUGUGAUUCAGGGAUCUGAAUCUCUAGCUUCUUGGCAAGCAAACCUACUCUUUGAGCCAAUAGAAUUUGAGGAGCUCGGUGCGAUUGUUCACAGAGGAAUAUACGAAGCUGCAAAAGGAAUGUAUGAACAAAUGCUACCUGAAGUCAAGGCCCAUAUCAAAACCCACGGGAGCAGCGCUAAAUUCCGUUUCACCGGACAUUCAUUAGGCGGAAGCUUAUCGCUGUUACUGAACCUCAUGUUACUGGUUCGAGGCGAAGUACCUGCUUCUUCUUUACUCCCGGUUAUAACAUUUGGUGCGCCGUUUGUAAUAUGUGGAGGCGACCGUCUUCUUAAAAAGCUCGGAUUGCCUAAGAGCCAUGUUCAAGCUAUCACAAUGCACCGUGACAUUGUCCCAAGAGCCUUUUCUUGUAACUACCCGUACCAUGUCGCAGAGCUUCUCAAAGCUGUUAACGGAAACUUUCGUAGCCAUCCUUGUCUUAACAAGCAGAGUAUGUUGUAUUCUCCGAUGGGCGAGCUUCUAAUCCUUCAGCCGGAUGAGUCAUUCUCUCCGGGACACGACCUUCUUCCUCCGGGAAAUGGUUUAUAUCUUCUAACCGGUGAUUUUGAAUCGCCGGAUAGUGUUGAUUCUGAGGAGGAACAAAGGUUAAGAGCAGCGCAGACUGUUUUCUUGAACACGCCGCAUCCUCUGGAUAUUCUUGGCGACAGAUCGGCUUACGGGUCGAGCGGAACCAUACAAAGGGACCACGACAUGAACUCCUAUCUCAAAGCGGUAAGGAGUGUGAUAAGAAAAGAAGUGAAUCAGAUAAGGAGAGCGAAGAGGGAGCAUCGCCGGAGUCUAUGGUGGCCGAUACUGGUGGCUAGAGAAAGCGGGAGCUCAGGGAUUGCGAUCAGUAACGGACAAAUCAACGGUCAGGAUUUUUCCGGGAUGAUGAAGACAGGAAGAAAGUCGUUGCAGAGAUUUAGCCGCCUUGUGGCGUCUCAGCAUAUGCCUUUGAUCGUUGUUCUGUUGUUUCCGGUUAAGUUGUUGUUCCUUGGAGCUUUCAACGUCUUUAGUUUCCGUUGAAAUGUUUUUCCUUGGCGGGUAAGGGUCGUUUGCUUACACUGGUUUAUACCGGAUUUUGGGUAAUGGCCGGUUUAGGUCAUUCUUUAUUCAUAUACACAGUAUAUCUCUUGUUUGUAUGUUUGUUGGGGCCCAUUGGUGGCUUUUUCCGGUUGGAUACAUUUGUUUCAUGCAUAAAGGUUGUGGAAAGGGAGCAAAUAUUAAUAUAUUUGUAUAUAAAUUUUCAAAAAGUAUGUGUGUAACAAGUGGGAUGCUCCUGUUUGAUUAGUCUCUAUUGGUCAACAUUCGUACUCAAGAUUUCUUUUUGUAACCA